UGGAGGAGAAAAUGCAUGGAAACAUGCACUGAUGGAUGCCUAACAUCACCCCCCAGAUACAGCUGGAAUUGCUGAUGGUGUCUUUGAAUUUCUAGCUGUUGCAAGAACCUGAUCCUCCCUGAAGACUUCUGGUGUUAUGUGCAUGUGCAAAAGAUUUCCUUGUAUUUUUCAGGCCUCCUCUGAAUGUCUGGUGGGGUAAAAGCUGCGUGGAGAUCUCCACAGCUGCAGGAUUUGCUGUCCCCACUCACGUGAGCUCCUUGGUCUGUGGCUGUGGCACCCAUUUUCCUGUUCAGCAUUUCCUUGGAUGAUGGUGCUCUGUUUUCUGGGCAGAGCCCUGCCACGAGUGAGGCAUUCACACAGCUCACUGGGGAGACAACUCUGCUCAGCCAGCACGAAUAAGCCAGUGUUGACUUUAUUCACCAAGAAACCAUGCCCUCUGUGUGAUGAAGCAAAAGAAGUUCUCGAGCCAUACAAGAGAAGGUUUAUUCUGCAGGAGGUGGAUAUCACCCUUCCAGAGAACUUAGCGUGGUAUGAUAAAUACAAAUAUGACAUACCUGUUUUUCACUUAAAUGGGAAGUUCCUAAUGAAACAUCGAGUUGACGUUCAAAAGUUUGAGGACCGACUCAGGAAGCUGGAGUUGCAAAGUCAGGGAAACCAGUGAAGAAAAUGCAGCUGCCCUGAUGCAGAUCUCAAAGGGAGAAGAAUCCAGAUGCAAUGCCUGGCUGGAACAGCAAACUGAAAUACAGCAGGAUUCAUGACAGACUCUAAGUUUUGGAAUAUGGUUUAAUAAAAAGUCAGCUGAUCUGCUGUGCUGAAAAUGGGCUGUUCCUUCAUGGCCUCAUCCUGCAGUGUCUUUAGCAUUUGACAGAUAAUUUGCAAUCCGGUUUUGAUGUAUUGCCUAAGAUGGAGAAUUUCUGUGGGGGAAGAAAUUGAAACUUCCUUCCAGCUUAGCAGCUUCAGUCCACUCAGGUUGGGGUCUGAAACUAUCCAAGAUUUCCCAGGAGGGAGAUCUAUGCCGUUUUUAUAGAGGACUUGAGGUAAGUUCAGCCACAUCAUGGAUCCAUAGUGUUUUUCAUCACCGUUAGCAGAAGAACAGGGCUCUAGAGACAAAAACUUCUUUCAGCAGUUCAUAAUGCUACCGUCAAACGUGUAACUGU